AAAACAAUAAUACACACACGUAUACAAAUGUGGAUUAUGCACUUACAUACACAUUUACAAUCUACACAGAUAUACAACAAUAGCCUGAUAUGCCAUGGCCCGAAACAAACUUAUCAAAAUAAUAAAAACCAACACAGCAGCAGCGGGAGCAGCGUCACUUGCACCAGCAGUGGCAGUCGAUACGACAGCAGCAUUAACAACCACAACAACAACAACGCAAACAUCUAUGAAAGUGAAUGCUUUGGAGCAGCAUCAAGACGAAUACUCGCAAACACGUUUACAUCAAAAUUGCAACAAUUUUCAUCAGCAUCAUCACGAACAUCAUCACCAUUAUCAUCGUCCAACAUCUCAUCAAGAGCAAGAACACGAACACGAACCAGACCAAUGCAUACACGGAAAUUGCUACCAAAACUUUAUAGAAACUCCUGCCGUGUACUGUCUGCGUGGCGAUAAUACCGCCCAGAGUAUUACGCUCUCGUUUAAAGUGAGAAGAAAAUCAAAACAUUUCCCCAGCACUCCUCGAACUUCUCUCAAUUUACCUCUGUUUUACACCCUGAAACGAUUUCGCAGCAUACCCCUGAUACAGUUACUGUGGCUGCUGUGCUGUCUUAGCAAUAUAUUUCACAAAUCCAUGGCCGAGUGCCCCAGUGUUUGUGAGUGCAAGUGGAAGAGUGGCAAAGAGUCUGUUUUGUGCCUUAACGCUAAUUUAACACAUAUCCCGGCGCCGCUGGAUGCUGGUACCCAAGCUUUGGAUCUGACCGGUAACGAAAUUGCCACCAUACCCGAUGACACGUUUGCCGAAGUGAAUUUAUUGAAUUUGCAAAAGGUGUACUUGGCCAAAUGCCGCCUCAGGCUAAUAGAGCGUUAUGCGUUUCGUGGUCUCAUCAACCUGGUGGAAUUGGAUCUGAGCUAUAAUGCUUUGGCUCAUAUACCCUCAGAUGCUUUGGAGAGUGUUACGGAGCUGAGAGAAUUGAAAAUGAACGGUAAUCCUAUAAUGAUAGUGGGCAAUGAUGCCUUCAAGCGAAUGCAGCACUUGGUGAGACUGGAACUGAGUGACUGCCGUGUGGAGAGAGUAGAAGUCAAGGCCUUUGCUGGCCUAGAGUCUAGUUUGGAGUAUCUGAAAUUAGAUGGCAAUAAAUUGUCGGAAGUGAGAUCGGGCACGAUAACCUCACUCACAAAUCUGCAUGGCAUUACACUGUCUCGCAAUCAAUGGAAUUGUUCCUGCGCUUUAAGGCCGCUUAGAUCCUGGAUGUUGAGAGAGAAUAUACCCUGUGGCAUACCGCCCGUCUGUCAAAAUCCUCCCAGAUUGGCGGGUAAAUCUUGGGACAAAAUCGAUUUGGAUGAUUUUGCCUGUGUGCCACAGAUUAUUGCCACUGACACCACUGCCCAUGGAGUGGAGGGUAGAAAUGUUACCAUGAGCUGUUACGUGGAGGGAGUGCCAGAGCCUUCCGUCAAGUGGAUGGUAAAAAAUCGCGUCAUUGCCAACUUGACUGCCACCAAUGGCGAUAGUCCUUCAAAUAGUCCCAGAACAGCAGCUGCUAUCCAAGGACGUAAAACGUAUGUUGUGAAUAUGCUACGAAAUGCCUCCAAUCUCACCAUACUCACUGCUGAUAUGCAAGAUGCUGGCAUUUAUACGUGUGCUGCCGAAAAUAAAGCCGGAAAAGUUGAAGCUUCCGUUACACUGGCUGUAUCUAGACGACCCCCAGAGGCACCUCUAGGCUUCAAAGUUAUUUUGCUAUGCAUUUUCAUUGCUCUGCUCUUUGUCGCCGGCUCAUCCUUUGCUGCCAUAUGUUUUUGCUCGUUGCGACGCAAAAGGAAAAUGCGUUUGUGGAAUACUAUGCCGCAGGGUCGUACAGAAAGUUAUGAAAAAAUCGAAAUGACUUCACGUAUUACAGGCGGUGGUGGCCUGGGUGGCGCUGGCAAUGGUGGUGGCAGUAUUAUGGGUGGCCCUACAAACAAACCGGAUUUGGGUGGUAAAACUGGCAUGCAGGAAACGAGCAAAAAUGGCAAUACACAGGGCCAAAUGUUUCAUGACAAUGAAAACGGCUAUUUGUGCUCUGCUACUACGCCCUUAAAUUGCGGCUCCGAUGAUGGUGGUGAUACGGGUGGUGCCAUCGUCAAUCCCAGUGGUGGCAGCUCCAAACGUAAUGGUGAUUAUCGUAACAUACCCACGCAUUGCGAUGACGACGAUAACGAUCAUUUGCAGCAGCAUCAGCAUCAUCAGGGCUUUGGUGGCGGUAGUCACAAUACCUACCAGCGCAGUCUACUGUUAGCUUCCACUACAACACACAAUGGCACACUAACAACUACAACAACAUCUUUGUCGGCGGCGAGGUGGAAAACGGGUUCAGCAUUUCAAUCAUCAACACCUCAGGACACAGCAAUGCAUUUGGAUGGUAGUGGCACACAAACAAGUGGCUUAAAAGACGACACAGAUUUGCAUAUACCACGUCUUAUUGAUAUUGGAUCAACACCCGAUUCAGCGUCUGCCUCUAUAUCCAGUAAAGUAGAUGCUGCCUCACGUCAGGCUCCCAACUACAAUCAUGUUGCCAAUUGGGUGACCACCUCUAUAGCAACAACGAAAAUUACUUCACCCCACAGCAAUCUGAACAACAAUCACCAACCAGUAGACUAUUACAGUCCCAAGGACGAAGUAAAUUCGUCUAUUUUUAGUGGCAAGGACUCUUCUGACAAUGAUCUCUUUGAUAGCAACUAUCCAGAUUUAUUAGAUAUAGCUAAAUAUGCUGUGGCUCAGGCUACCAGUACAAAUCAAACGAAUGGUGCCCUAUGUACGCUGCCCAGAAAGUUAAAGAAUACCGGCAAAUACUUUAAAAAUUCUUCGGAUAGCCAGUCACCUUUGCUGGCGGACAAUUCGAGUAAGUAUGGCAGCAGUAGUUUAGGCGAUGCUAGUUAUCUCAAUGAACUGGCCUUGGGUAGAAGAUUCUCGGCCGAAUCUUCCUACUCCAGCUAUGGCAGUACGGUCACCUAUACCAAGGGACAGAGAUCGAAUAGUUUUUUGAAUCUGGUGCACAGUUCGAGUAAAAAUACUUUAGCUGCUUCUAAUAAUAACAAAACGACCGUAACGAGUAGCAGCUCAGCUGCGCGUAGAAAUCCUUCGUUACCCUCUUCGCCGGUGCAUGAGUAUCAGCAACACCAGAGAUCCUUUAGUUCAGCUGCUACCCCGUUACUGGACUUUAGCUCUCUAACCCAGAGAUCAACGGCCACCACCGGCUCGGCCGUUACACCCAGUGGCCUAAGUACUUCAAUGCAUUGCAGUGGCACUAGUACUACGACCCCAGUAACAGCUUACGACUAUCAUGCGGCCCAGCUGGAGCGUUUCCUCGAAGAGUAUCGCAAUCUGCAAGAUCAAUUGUGCAAAAUGAAAGAGACUUGCGAGACCAUACGCAAAAAAGAAGUACCCCUUAGAGUGGGCAUGGCUCAUUCGGCCCAUGCCGCUGAUCCUGUGAUGUAUAAUGCUGCUUUGGCUGCGGCCAGCAGUCCAACUAGUAAUCCAAAAAUGACUUUAAAAUCGAAAACAACACUACCGGGACAACCACCAGAUCCUCCGCCAUAUUGGCUGCAUCGCAAUGCAAUGCUAAAGCGUUUAAAUGAACCACAAAACGAUAUAUUCAAAAGCUAA